AUGAAGCCGACCAUUCCUUUGCUCCUCCUCGCGGGCCUUGUAAAUGCCUCGUCAGGCGACCAAAACACUCGCUUUCAAUACUGCUUGCAAAGCCAGAAAUCCCAAAGAUGUACACCCGACUUUCAACUCCCGCUCAGCCUCCGUUUGACCCGCUGGACGUGCGAAGAGGAUUGCAAGUAUCGGUGCUCGCAUAUCGUGACGGACAUUGCAAUACGGGAAGGGAGACAGAUAGAACAGUAUUAUGGCAAAUGGGCUUUCUGGCGCUAUAUGGGCAUCCAGGAACCCCUCUCCGUCCUUUUCUCCGUGCUCAAUCUCUGGGCGCAUCUUCGCGGGAGUAACAAGUUGCGAAGAGGAAUCGCCAGGAAUCAUCCCAUGCGUCCCUAUUACAACUGGUUCACCGUCGUGAACGUUAACCUCUGGUUCUGGUCUUGCGUCUACCACACUCGAGAUUGGUGGUGGACCGAGAGAUUAGAUUAUUUUGCAGCAGGACUUGGCGUAAUUUACAGCGUCUACUAUUCCGUCGUCCGACUAUACCACCUCUACCUCAAACCCGGCUCCUUGCCCUACGAAUCCACCUUCCGACACCACUUCCUCGUGCCCUGGGGUGUCCUCUGCACCGUCCUUUACAUCGUUCACGUAUUCUACCUCAGCGUCCUCCCUCGCUUCGACUAUGGCUGGAACAUGAAAGUCAACCUGACUGUCGGGGUCCUACAUAAUCUUCUAUGGAUGGCGUAUUCGCUUCCAUAUCCACCAUUCCAGCGAUUCAGGACGAUGCCGAAUAGCUAUCGGCCCUCGUAUGUUUUCCAUCCGGCUCUCAUCGUGCUCACGAUGUUUGCGGCUAUCAGUUUGGAGAUUAUCGAUUUCCCACCAUUAUGGAGGACCAUUGACGCCCACUCGCUUUGGCAUCUCGCGACCGUGCCCAUUGUCUGGCAAUGGUACGACUUUCUCAUCAAGGACGCACAGGAUCCUUCGUGGAGGGAUCGAAUGCUCACUUAG